CGCGCCGUGUCUUCUUGCGAAAGGCAUUAUUGGUCGCGGCUGGCGUUUGUUGCCUGGCCCCGAGGAUUGGAUGUGGACGCUCUGUGGCGUUUUGGGCCUGGGAGCGAGCAUAAAUCGCCCGACUUCUCCUCAUACCGCGUUUCGCCGUCGUCCACCAAAGGGCCUCGCACUGUUCACCGAAGCGCAGCAUCCGCGACCCAACAACUCGUACGGAUCUCGGUCUCGCCAUACAAGCUCUUAUGCCGGUAGUCGAGCCAUGAUUUCCGUCAACCUCAGCCAGCGCAUCUCUUUGGCCGGAUGGGCAGCCGCCCUUUGUCUCCCCGUCGGUGUGGUUGCCAUUUGGCUUUGGGUCUAUCCCGCAUCCACUCGUCUAAACCCCGCACCGCUGUCUCCGGCGGGGCCCACGAUCCUAAACAAUCCACGCAAAAAGGCGACUGCCUCCGUCCAGACAACCCCGACAAGAAUAAGACACACAUCCUCGAACACGCCCUGAAGCCCGAAGAAGGUCUUACUCAAGAGGAAGCUCUUCGUGGAGCUAAUUCCCACCCUGAGCACGGCCAACGCCGAAAAGAUCAGACAGAACCCGACGAUCCGACACAAUUCCACCUAAAAAGCAAGGGUGUCAAUCUCCGCCAAGUCUACCCUUCUCCCGAGAACAAAACCGCAACAGACGUUGACAUUAUCGCCAUCCAUGGCCUCGACACGCAGUCGCCCGAUACUUGGACAUGGGAUCCGAAAGGGGCCUGCGUUAACUGGCUGGAAGACCCGCACAUGCUGCCCGAGCGGUUUCCGACCGCGCGCAUUUUCACCUGCGACUGGCCGGCUGACCUCUUCGAGCAGCCAGGUUUCGUCCAAAAGAUGAUCGACGAGUUCGCUCGGCUGCUGCUCGCCGGCAUCAAAGGCCGCCCUCCAGUGGCGGACGACCAACCCGGACGCGACCGGCCAAUUGUCUUCAUCGCGUCGUGCCUCGGUGGCAUCAUCUUGGCGAAGACGCUUGUGAUAGCUAGCUACGAGUAUGAAUCCGUAAAACGAGCGACACGCGGCAUCGUCUUUCUCGCCACGUCCUUCGGGGGUACAUCAUUCCAACGCGUGGCUACGUGGGCUGAGCCAGGUCUGAGGCUCUGGGCUUCGAUCCGGGACAAGAAGGUCUCUAACCUGCUUGAGCUUGCGAAACCUACUUUCGAUCUCAGACAACUCGUCCGCAGCUUCACUGCUUUCUGCCUAGAAAACGACCUUAAAGGCCAUGUGGUCACCUUUUACGAGACUGGCAAGUCAACUAACGCUCCACAGCUGGUUGAUAUUGAUUCCGCGACCCUGCAAAUUGUCCCACAUCCACUACCCCUUGAUCGGCCCCACGUAACCAUGAACAAGUUUAGUGGCCCCGACGAUCCAGGAUACGUUCUUGUCGCCGGGAGACUCAGGAUCGAACGACUCUCGGGCGUCCUGCUUCCGAUGGAUCGGUGCUACAUUAACCUUGCCAUUGUGGAGCAGCAACCUGGCGACAAGACCAGCCCAUCAGACGACGAGGGUAGAGCGCAAAAGGAUUCUCCAUUUUCGCUCCUCGCCCGACUGAAUAUUAUGGCACCGGACAAGACGAUCAAUUCACGCGGCGGCCAGGAGAAACAACCAAUGGGUAAGACUACUCUAUGUAAGAAGAUUGACUUGUUCGAUCGCGUACUUUGGUCCAGUGGAUAUAACUUUGGCCAUCUAUUCCAUCACGAGUAUUUCUCUCAACUCCCAGAAGGCGACGGCCUCGCCAGGGCAUUAACUUUGUUUGUCCUCGACGGCCUAGACGAAUUCCUCAAGAAGCUCUUGAAUCAGCCUGAUGUCAUCAUCACGUCUCGGCCACACGCAAUACUUACUUCUGGUCUCGAUCCUAUCCAACUGGAGUUAGAGACCAUCGGAUUCUAUCCCGAUCAAGUGAAAACGGGCGAAACGGAUUCGAAAAAGCCCGGCGAGGUUCAGUCGUACCUCCAAAAGCACCAACUAGUCCAGGGACUUGUGCGGAUCCCGGUUCAACUUGAUGCGCUCUGUUCCACCUGGAGCAGCCUCAGCGAUAAGGUUAUCCCGCAGACCAUGACAGCCAUCUACAGAGCCAUCGAGCAAAGCUUAUGGAGGAAGGAUAUCGUCCGAUUGGGGAAGCAGCAACCAAACCGACCGCAAGUGGUGACACAUGACCAUGUCCAGGAACUUCUUCCAUCAGAGGUCGAGAACUUCAUUGAGGCCGAGCUCUCUCUUCUUGAGGGCUUAGCCUUUACGGAGCACCGGGAUACAAUAUCGAGGCAGUUUAAAUCUACUGGAGCUCGAGUCCCGCUAGACACCACCUGCACGCGCCUCUCGUUUCUACGGAUGUCAGAGCUCUCAUCGAACAGCCGCAACCGCAAUUACCACUUUUUGCAUCUGACGUUCCAGGAGUACUUUGCGGCGCGGUAUUUUGUACGGCACAAUAGAGAUUGCAGCAGCAAAGUCGAGCCUGCCACUUUCCUUCAGAAGCAUAAAUACGAUCCUCGAUACGAUAUCUUCUGGCGCUUUGUCGCCGGCUUGCUUGAUGCUGACGGGGGGGCACCCGGCUUCUUCCAGACGAUUGAGAGGGAGCCACGCGACCUCCUAGGUCCUACGCAUCAGCGCCUGGUUAUGCAUUGCCUGAGCGAACUAGAAACCGAACUGGAACAGUGGCUACUGUUCGAGUGCGACUUCACGAAAAGUUCCGAGUUAGCCCGCGAAAUAGAGUGUCUAGAGCAGAAUCUUCUGAGAUCGAUAUUUAGACGAACAGCAAUACCAUCCAGUAUCAUAAAUAUUGUAUCUUCCUGGCUAAACGAUGAUACUUCUAAACACCUAUAUAAUAGCAUCUUAUAUAUCAUAGGACAUCAACGUCGAGGCUUACCGGAUACGGUCCUACAAGGCAUCGUAGCACGGCUCGAAGAUAACGACUCAGACGUCCGACGGGCAGCUAUCAAGGCGCUUCAAGGCCAAGCCGGCCUCGCAGAAGAGGUGCUACAACACAUCGUAGCACAGCUCGAGGAUACCGACUUUUACGUCCGACGGGCAGCUAUCGAGCGCUUCAAGGCCAGGCUGGCCUUACCGAGGAGCGUCCGACGGGCAGCUAUCGAGGCGCUUCAAGGCCAGGCCGGCCUCGCCGAGGAGGUGCUACAACGCAUCGCGGCACGGCUCGAGGAUGAUGACUUUUACGUCCAACGGGUAGCCAUCGAGGCGUUUAUGAAUCAAGAAGCGCUAUCGUUAGACGUCCUCGGACCAUAUAUCAAACCCUUAUAUAAGGCUUUCCUACACAGAAGCUUCAAGGAACAUAUAUACUGGUACACUUCGGAUAGUGAAUUUAUAGGGGUUGGUUUUGAAUAUAUUUCUUUAAGUAGCAGAUAA